UCUAUAUAUAUCCAUGUCGAUCUUAUCCGGAAAGUUUUGGCCCUCUUCCAUCCGAACCGAGUCGUGACCAAAUAGCACACUACACAACCGACAUCGCGGUGGACUGAGCGAGCGAGAAAGAGGGAGAGGCUGCCAAGUGGUGGGCAUGCAGGUCACCACCCCAGCUCACAUGCAACUCCAAUAUGAAACUCCACCUUCAUUAAAAUUCCUUCCCCUUUCAUUUGCAAACAAACCCGACACAAUCCGGAAAUCCCACGCCUAAGAGCAAAGAUACCAUCUUUACGUUCUCUGCAUACUGUUCGAAGAAACCCUAGUCUUUGGCUUCGAACAUCUCCCACGACUGCUCAGCCAGCUCAAGAAAUCCGGUAGUUUUUUUUUUUCUGUUUUUUAAUGCCUUUUCUCAACAGUUGUUGAAUACCCAGACGCCGGUUUCGUUUUGGGUCAGGAAAGGCGAAGACUUUACCUCGUCUUUAAUAAAUAUGUGUUGCCGGACAGGUGUUUGCUUCUUUGCCUACUACAGAUUUGUGUUUUCUCGUGAAACUAGAAUUGGAACAUCGUUAAAUGAAUCAUAGUGGGCUUUCUUGGCUUGGAUUAAGGUUGAUUGUGCUAUUUUUAGGAUUCGGUUGAUAUGAAAACAUAAAGCCCCCUUUUAGCGGGCUUUCUGUCUCUUUUUUCUCUUUCUAUGUCCCUUUCAAAUUCAAUCUGCUUACCAUUUUCCUGCAUAUAAACCAUCAGCUUCUGCCUUUUGCCUGUUUUGGUAUUCUGUUUUGUGGUUGUAAUUUGUAUAAGCAAACAUGAAGCUUAAAAUUGUCUCGCCCUUCUUGCAAUGUCCUUAUGUUGUUAUGCCCCAAAUCUCCGGUUCCUUAGUACCCACCUCAUUUUCCUCGAAAAAUCAUAGUGAAAUGGAUUACAAAAUUGUCUGUGGACCUGUGUCUCUCCAUCCUGUUAGAGCAAGAACUUUCUUGAGGUUACGUUUCCAGAGAGGUGAUGCAAUUAAGAGAAUUUGUUGUGUAAAUGUUAAUGGAGUUUUUGGGGAAGAGGGGUUUGAAUUUAGGGACAGAUUAGCUGAAAAGAUAGAGCUAGCAGAGGAUAAAGGGUGUUGUGUAAUACAUGAGAAGAGUCUAGGUUUAAGUAGUAGAAAUAAAGAUUCAAAAUUUCCUUCGCAUUUUGAUCCCUUGGAGCCUGGGAUGCUGGGAAUUAAUCCAGACCCUCCAAAUUGGCCUGAAAGGCAGUUGAUUAUGUGGGAGAAUGUUGAACAGAAAGCUAAGAGUUUUGGGCUUCCAUUGUCUUUGAGAAUGCUAAAGAAGAAGCUGCAAUGGGAGAUGGGCGUGAGGGAUUUUGGGGAGUCGGCUGCUUGUUCGGUGAAAAAGGCCUUCUCUUCGAUGGUGUCCAUCAUUGUGCAGCUGCAAACCUAUGCGUUGCAGAUGAGGGAGGUGUUGUGCGAUGAGGAUUUGGAGGCGAUUGUUGCCAAAGUUCAACGAGAAAUGUGUGCUUCGUACGUUUGGCUCUUCCAGAAAGUGUUCUCACGAACACCGGCAUUAAUGAUUUACCUUAUGAUCCUUUUAGCGAAUUUCAGUGUACAUUCCACAUCCCUCAACAUUCCCGUUGCUGAUGCUUCAUUACUGGGAUCAGUGCGUGCUUGCGAAAUCGCGGAGGCCGAGUCCGUUUCCAGAUUGAAUAAAAACCUCGAUGUGGUUCCCGAGGAGUCAUCAGCUUUUGCUGAUCAAGAACUUAGGAACGAAACCGACAUACAGUUAUGGAACUCCAUUGUCGACGAAGUGGCAAAGAUGCGAGGUCUCGAGGAGGCGGGACUUGAUCGUGAAGUAACGCAGAUGUUUGUUUCACCAUUUUCAGCCGAUAUUGAACCGGAUCACUUUGUGGACUACUUCAAAAUGGAUUUUCUCUACCAAUUGAUGCUGUCUCAGGAUCCUUAUAACACGCUUCUACUAUGCAAUUACGCCCAGUUUCUGCAUCUUGUUGCACAGGAUUACGAUAGGGCAGAGGAGUGUUUCAAACGGGGCAUGGAAGUGGAGCCUCCCGACGCUGAAGUCCUCAGCCAGUAUGCGACGUUUUUGUGGACAGUAAGGAAGGAUUUGAGCGAGGCAGAAGAAAUGUACCGACAGGCGAUAGUUGUUGAGCCUGGGAGUCCAUAUUAUGCAGCCCGGUAUGCCAAUUUCCUAUGGAGCAAUGGCGGCGAGGAGAGCUGCUCUCGUACGAAUUCGUCUUGUGAUAAUAUCAAGACUUUAAAUUCUUGACACAACAGAGCACUGAAGAGUGAAGAUCACCACCAGCAACCUCAGCUCAUAGUGCACUUGUCAAGAAUUCAUGCUGCUCUGAGCAUGGUGUAACUAGCACAAAGUUAAAAAAAGGUGAGUCUAUAGUGAUUAGAUUGAAGUAGAAAAACUAUCUAAAAAUUGAUAAAAUUUGUAGCAUUAUCAUUCUAUACUUGGAGUAUGUGUUGAAUAAUCUCACAAGUUGGUCGAAUGAUUGGCUUGGUAACCACAAGGAUUUAAGUUUGACUCUUUGUGGGAGUUGUUUAUUAGUUUUUAUUUUUUUUGUUUAAGUUGGUCAGUUGUGAACAAUUUAAAUUGAUUUAUCUAAUUUGGUCCUUUUCUGGCUAGGUAAUCCUAGAUUUUCUUUAAAUGAAAAGUGUGUUGAACAAGCUGUUGUAAAUUACCAUCAAUGGUUAUAAGUGCUUUUGUAAA